GACAUAACCUUUGGUCUCAUUUCUGAAACGUACGUUUGCGUGUUUUUGUUUAUUGUUGUUUGUGUACUUGUGUAGUUGCUUGCACUUUGUCCCCCGCAUUCGUUGCGUGCGCGCGCCUUGUCAACACGGCUGUUUAAAGGAGCCAGGGUGUCCCCCCUCUCCAUGUGUGGUCCCUAAUGGGCGGCUGGUCUCGCAGUGCCGUGCUGGAGCUCUACCGGGCGCUGCUCCGCGCGGGCCGUCACCUUCAGCACACGGAUCGCAACUACUAUCGCCGCGCCGUGGCUCGCGAGUUUCGCCGCUGCCAAGACCUGACCGUGCCGGAGGAUAAGGAGGACGCGCUGAGGAGGGGCCAGUUCUUCCUCAACAGCCGACUGGGUGGGCUUAUGUAGGGGGGAAAGGGGUCAUCGGCGGGUGGGUUCAAGGUCAUCCGGAGGUGCAUCAGUGGUAGGAUGGCGGGGGUGAAUGGAGACCGUAAAGGGAAGAAAGAUGACAAUGGGAUUGGCACUGCCAUUGACUUCAUGCUUUCCAAUGCCAAGCUUGUGCUGGGAGUGGGAGGAGCUGCCAUGCUCGGCAUCGCGACACUCGCCGUCAAACGAAUGUAUGACCGAGCCAUAAGCGCUCCGACCAGCCCCACCAACAUUGAGCCGACAGGAAGGAGAAGCUGGGAGGAGCCCGCCUGGAUGGGUUCGUCCCCGCGGGUACUGAACCAUGACAUGAAGUCCACAGUUAGCAGGUCUCUACAGUCUCUGCCCACUUCUUCACAUGCUUUUGAACCAGACUGUCUGCGUAGGGCUGUGGGUCGAGCCGCCGUGGGAGGCAGUGGCGCCACUGAGUCGGACAUGCAGCGGGCCCGAAUGCGUCUGUCCCUGCAGGAGCACCUGUGGGAGUUCUACCAAAGCAAUGUAAACAUCCCCGCUGAGGAGCAGGCUCUGGCAAGGAGGGCAGCGCUGGACAUCUGUGCAGAACUCAGGGUGUUCCUUCACGCCAAACUGCCUGACAUGCCGCUCAGAGAGAUGUACCUGAGUGGCAGUCUGUAUGAUGAGCUGCAGGUGGUGACAGCGGACCACGCCCAGCUCAUGGUGCCGCUUAUCUUGGAGAAGAACCUGUGGUCGUCCAUCCCCGGGGAGGACACCAUCAUGAAUGUUCCGGGUUUCUGGCUCGUCCGCAGGGAGAAUUUGGAGUACUUCCCGCGGAGCAACAGCUACUGGGACCGCUGCAUGGUCGGAGGCUACCUCUCCCCGAAAUCGGUCCUGGAGGUCUUCGACAAGCUGGUGGCGGGCUCCAUCAACUGGCCGGCGAUAGGCAGCGUCCUCGACUACAUCAUUCGCCCCGUGGUUCCCUCUGAAACACUGACCCUGGAGGUGCAGUACGAGACGGACCGGAGACUGUACGUGGACUUCCUGCCGCUGCUCGUGAUGGAGGACGGAACCUCGCUGAUCGCCAAACCCCACCGGCUUGCCGCGGAGCGCCACGGCAACCUGUGGCGGCAGAGCUUCCGCGUGGCCGAGACGGCUCGACUCAGGGCCCUGGACCAGGAGGACGGAGGCGUCCGGUGCCCCUGCCUGAAGCUGGCGAAGGCCGUGUGCAAGCUCAACCCCGCCCUGAACCGGCUCAACGCCAGCCAGCUCACCAACGCCAUCUUGUUGCUCUGCGAGAAAGAAGGCGACUGGACCCAGGAGGCGCUGGCCGACCGGUUCCUACAGCUGCUACGAGCCCUGGUGGGACACCUGGAGGCGGGCCGGCUGCCGUGCGCCCUCAGCCCCAAGGUGAACUUGUUCUGUGAGCUGACCGAACAGGAAGUGGACGAGCUGGGGUACACGCUGUACUGCGCCCUCUCGGACCCCGAGGGGCUGCUGAGAGACUGCGGUGGGCCCAGCCCCCCCAUUUCUGACACCGCCCCCCCCCCCCCCCCCCCCCUCCAUCGUACAGCAGCGCCAAUGCACAGCAACGCAGGGUUGAAAUCUCGACCACUGUUUAGUGGGCAAUGGUGACCUCGAGUCACGCCGAGGUUUCCUGGGGAGGAAAUCAAAAGAAACAAACGGCAGCAUGGAAUCAUCCUCAGUCUCUUUGGUCUUAAUUCUCAUCAGAAAGUGUCUGCACACAGUAGCAGUUACGUCGUCUCGGGAUCCGCGAUAAAGGCUGGAUGUGGUGCGAUCAUGCGACUACUAUUUUAAUCCUCAGAAGUGACGGCUCAUCAGAGUUCAUGGCUCUCAUGAGAGCCGAAGUAUUAAUGUAUUUACGAGCAGACAUGCGUCAGGGUCUAAAGAUUUGGGGCGGGCAUUGGGUGGUCCCAUCAAAAUGUACGCCCGCAUCAUCUUUGAGCUCUUUCUAACCUGUUGGAGAGGUUCAGACAGACACACGGCACGUUACAGUCAAAUGUCUUUUGCUCUGUUUUGAGAUGGAUCCUCUGUGUCAAGGAAGAGAGUGUGACAUUGGUUGUGUUUGUAUGCCAAACCCAAAGCUAAUAAACUGUUGAUCAGCCCAGAGAGGCUGUUAAUCGUCUUUUUAUGCUCCUUUUUGUUACCACACAUAAUAGGAAAUACUGCUCGUUACUGGAUGGAGUUCACUCCUGAAGGUCAAGGUGUUUGAAUAACUGCAGUUAUACAGUGUGUGUAAAAUGUGUUCUACUUCUACGAUAUACGGAAACUUCGGUAAAUGUGACGUUGCCUGGAUAAUCUCAUUUAUUUAUAGACUGAAAAGAAUUCCAUGUGACUUUCGGCCUGGUACAAAGCGGCUCUUUGUUUACGGAAAAGGAUUUUUUUUUUUUUUUUUCUGUCUUCAGUCUCACAUUUGUUGCUUUGGUCCACAGGUCAAAUAUGCUUUAUUUAAUUGUGUUUGUUUAUUUUACAACCUCCAUCCCAGGUCAUUUUGCACUGUUGAAGGUUAACGAGUUGCUCAAAUGUCUCCGGACAUUCGGAAAGUGAUUUCUCCUGGUUUUCGCUUCAAUUUAAGUUCGCCCUCAGUAUUGACUGAACAUGUCAAGUGUAUCAGCCUCACUGUAGUCAUAGCGACGCCGUUCGUCUUUUGGUGAAUUCCUCUCAGUAUCACCUCAUCAGUGCAGCGAGAGCACGGAGCUGGAUACCUCGGGAGUUUUCCGUAUCGGUGUCUGUCCACACACCUGCUCUUGUUCUCAAACCACAUUAAACCCGGAUGUAUGUAGGAAUUAGUGCAGCGAGCGAGGCCGUGUCAUGAUGCAUAAUCCCUGUCUGUCCAGUCUGUGUAUUAAUAGCUGGGAUAGACCGGGAUCUACUCAGAGCAUCAGUGAGAGAAAAGCAGCUUUGGGAGCCGAUGUUGGUGGUGCUAAAGUCAGGUGACAGUAGGUGGAGUCACUAAAACAAAAGCCUUUUCUCUUAUGAAUAUUGUAAACGUGUCGUCUGGAUGAACCUCAUGGUUGCUUUAUGUUCCCACUUUUAGCCUUAGAAUGAAACCGAUGCAGUGAGAUGAGGUGGAGUCCCCAGUUUGUGUGGUGUACGAGGCGCAAGGAUUCGGGUGGUUUUAUAGUUAACAAUCAUCCAGAUAACAGACACAGGUGAAUAUUUUUGUAUUGUAUAUUCAUAACCAAAUAAGAGCAGACUAUUUAUUUGCUUCAACUCCACAUGUAUAGAAUCCCUAACUGUGCUUUGUUCUGGUGUUCUGAUAUAAAGUGGACCUGUCGGUUUGCAUUUUUAUUUAUGCUACACAUCACUGCUGCGCUGAAGAGAUUCACUGUGCCACACUUUGAAACAAAAGCCCAAAGUAGAUCACUACCUCUGCCUGGAGGGGUUCACACUAGCCCAUCCUUUGUUGCAUGCUGUGUUUUCCCCAGAUUAAUUUUUUUCUUUUCUAUGUUCAGCUAUGGAGUUGAAACGUUCAGCACUUUGUAUACUUCAUUAAAUGAUGACAGUUA